CUCUCCGAACCUCUUUCUAAGUCAACAAAGUUUGAACGGCCAUUGCCCUAGAGGAAGAGUCUCAAUCGUCUCCGCCUCGCCGUAGCACCAAAAUGCCGCCCAUCGCCCCCAUCGAGCCAUUCUUCUGGCAUCAGCCCCUCCGAUACAUGCGCUGGGCCGCGCGUGAGAGGCCGGCUCUCUUCUGGUCAUGCGUUGUUGGUGGUGCUGGUCCUUUGAUCGUGGUUGCGGCGCCCCCUCUCAGGGCCAGGUUUUUCAAUGACUACAGACCACCUCCGAUUCCAAGCACAUACCCGAUUCCUGCGGGCCCGAGGAAGAUACCGAGUGGCUACGAGGAUCCGUGAAGGCAGUAUCUCAUGGGUGUGGAAUGAUGGGAAUUGGGCCCCGCGCUGAGAUCAAGACGUAGAAGGCAUAUGAAUAUUUCCAUUUCGAAUAUUUGGCUUCCAUUGCGUUGUCUGAACAGAACAUGAUGCAUCUCUGUCGUGGCGGGGCUGCAGGGCAUAUGGCACAAGAACUUCGCAGAUGCCCAUUGUACAUAUUUUGCUAAUCAUCACAAAGCGACAUGUUCGGCAGCUCAUAUAUCCACAGUCUUUUAAGCUUAUAAUCAACUUUGCAUCGCCAGGUACCACC